UUUAUUCAUGAAUUAUAUUUCGUUUUGAAAAAGCAAAACAAUCACCUCCUUACGUUGUUGUUAUGUUGACUGCUUGAGUCGUGUCAGUGUGUCAUUAACUAAGUAGAAUGUUUUAGGAUGAAUUGAGCCGCCGUGCUCGAUUGGUACUGUACUUUCUUCUGUUUGAUGCUGGAGUAUUAUGACCUUAAUUGUGUUACGAACGACGUUGAUGAGUUCAAUAAACAUGCCUGUUCUUCUGACUCAACCUUUGUUGUUUCAGUCUAUUGGUUAACCCACAAAUGCUUACUGCUGUUCUAGUUAGCUGGUUAUUCAUAUGGUGGUUUCUGUGUGCAUUCCACUGGCUGAGAUGUAUGGUGUGAUAUGAAGAUGUCAUUUUCGUGUGUUGGUUAGUAAUAGCUCUCAAUAGCUUAAGAGUGGCAACUAGAGUGUUUAACAGAUCAGGUUGAUGGAUUCUUAGGGCUUGUCUACAAAUUAAAAACACUAGUAUAACAGAGCAGAGCAGUUGGGUUCGCUGUCUUGCUGCAAUAUGGUGGGCUUCCUGGCAUGUUGCCGCUUCUUGAUUGUUUUGAUGGCUUGAUAUUAAUAAAUCAAUGAAAUAUUGAUGGAUUUCUGGUUGAGGCGAUCACUUGGCUGGCUCUAGCCAGUGCUUCACAUUCUCUGGCUAGCUGUUACCACCUUACCAUAAUCUUUUCUUGUUCCGUAUUCAUAUGUCUGAAUCAGGCAGGGGAUACUCCCCUAGUUUGAGAAAAGGAAAACAAGCUUCUGCUUCAUUCUCUGGUUUACCAUCAUCUGGCUAGCUAUCUGAAUUAGACAGGGAUAUUUACUACUAUUUUUCUCCACUGAUGAAUUGUAUUAAUUUACUAUCUGAAAAAAAUUGCUGUAAACAACAUAUGGCAUUGAGCCAAUGAUCCUUUGGAUCUUACUUUUGGGCUCUGCCUGGCACUGAAUUUGGUUUUGCUAGUUAUCAUAACUUUGGGUUCUAUUUGGUGUAUAGUCUUCAUCAUGGUUGAUGCUAAUUCCUACAUUUUUGUUGGAAAAUUGAACCUUUAAAUUUUUGUCAUGAAUUCCUCAAAUGUAAAUAUUCGUCUUCUCAGACCUUUUCUGCAAAGUGGCAAGAGUAAACCCUUUGACUCCACCGUGCGGCUGCGGUCACUGACAAGUGGGGUCGGGGAGUCAGCAAUGUGCGGCAUUGCUCUCAUCCUCUCUGGAGGCCGCAUAGUUGUCGUGCCCCCUGCCACCGUCACCGAUGCUGCUGCCGGAAUCCAUCCAGGCGACGAGGGGAAGGGUGUCACGGUGGAUGAGCUCAAGGAGGCCCUGCAGCGGCGUGGCCCGGAUAGCCUUGGCUGUGAGAGGCUCCGCGUUCACGAGGACGGCACCAUCCUAGGAAUUGAUGGAUGUAAUUUUGGGGUUGGGGAUGGAGGUGACAUGGGUGACACAGAGCUGUGCUUCAUUGGCGCGACACUGCAGCUCAGGGGAGCUGGGCCGGUUUCGCAGCCGAUGGUGGCACAAUCAGGAAGUAUUCUAGUAUAUAAUGGUGAGAUUUAUGGAGGGAUUCAUGUUGCUGAUGAUCAGAAUGACACUCUAUCACUUCUAUCAUCACUGGAAUCUUGUUGUUCCUGUGACUGCCAUGCUUUUGUUAGGGAUGAAGCAUGUCCCUGUUGUGGAAGUGUUGGGAAAUCAGUUCCACAAAUCCUUUCCACAAUCAAAGGUCCAUGGGCUUUGAUAUACUGGCAGAAGGACUCAAAAACAAUUUGGUUUGGACGUGAUGCAUUUGGAAGAAGAAGCCUCUUGGUACAUUGGCCCACACAUGAUGAUUCACGCUUCAUACUAUCGUCAGUAUCACCUCCUUCAUUUGCAAGUAGUAACACUGCAUCAACUGUCAAAGGCAUGGAGUCAGGGGCAGAUAAUGACUCUUCUGAGUCCACAAACAUGAAUUACUGGGAAGAGCUUCCCUGUGGGAUAUACAGCAUCCAAUUGAAAGGCCUUGAAAAAAAUGGCAUGUGUAUUAAGGAAGCGUGUAUCUUCGAAGUUAGGAGACAUGACUGGUUUGACUCUUCAUUGGGUAAAUUAAUCCAGUGGAAGAGGAAAUCAAUAGUUCCAGCUAUGGAUGACUUAACCUUACAUAAGAAUCCUGUAGGGGACUAUCACUUGUCUCAGAGCAUCAAAAGCCCAGCCGGAGCUGAGAAAAAUACAGCAUAUCGAGUGUUGAUUGCGUUACGAGAAUCUGUAAUGCUGCGAACCAAGGUGAACACACUCUUUCAGGAUGAUCUAGAUAAACUAAAGGAUGAUGAGUUAGCUCCAAUAGCAAUCCUUUUUUCUGGUGGCUUGGACUCCAUGAUACUUGCAGCAUUAUUAGAUCAGUGCCUUGAUUCCAAAUGGACAAUUGAUUUGUUGAACGUCAGCUUUGACGGAAAACUUGCUCCAGAUAGGAUUUCUGCACUGGCAGGACUUAAAGAACUUCAGAGAAUCUCCCCUAUCCGUAGAUGGCGUCUUGUUGAGAUUGACACAGCUUUGAACAACUUGAAAGGAGAAAGUGAACAUGUUAUGUCACUUAUACACCCUUCAAAUACUUAUAUGGAUUUGAACAUUGGUAUCGCUCUCUGGUUGGCUGCUGGUGGGGAUGGUUGGGUGGAUGGAAGUAUAUGCAGCAUGCAAGAUGGUAGUCGUUACAAGUACAAGUCAACUUCUAGAGUUCUUUUAGUCGGUUCUGGGGCUGAUGAGCAAUGCGCUGGCUAUGGAAGACAUAGGACUAAAUAUAGACUUGGAGGCUGGGUUGCACUUGAUGAGGAGAUGAGACUAGAUGUGCAAAGAAUCUGGAAAAGAAAUAUGGGAAGAGAUGAUAGGUGCAUUUCAGACCAUGGGAAGGAGGCACGUUUUCCAUUUCUUGAUGAGAAUGUGAUCAAAACUAUGUUGGAAAUUCCAUUGUGGGAGAUUUGUAAGCUUGAUGAACCUGUUGGAAAGGGCGACAAGAAGAUUUUGAGAGAGGUCGCAAACCUGCUGGGCUUAAAGGAGGCUGCACUUCAACCAAAGCGGGCAAUCCAGUUUGGUUCAAGAAUAGCAAGGGAGUCGAACCGCAAGAACUUCGGGAGUAACCGAGCCGCCAACCAGGCUUCCGCUGGCAGCGUCGAGAUUCACCAGCGUGCACUCCACUGAAGCGGAAGCUGCGGGAUGCAGCGGAGACUGUCAGGCUGUGGUUUUGGUUGUGAUGCAAUGUAGCUCUUGUUUGUUCUGUCAAAUUCUGCUCCUUCUGUAUUGAAGGGCUUUUUUUUUUCCCAUUCUUUUUUCACUCGAUGUAACUUGGGCCUAUUUGGACCAGAGGCUAUAUGGAGGCAACCCAUAAAACUGGAUUUUUUUUAUAUCUUUACUACUUAAAAAGAAAAAGGUCUACCAAAAAUCCCUGAACUUAGAUGUGAGUCUAUUCUUCAUUCCUUAACCAGAAUAUCAGAAAUGUAUGCCCCUAAACUUGUAAAAUCCGUGUAAAAAAAAUCCCUUGGCAGUAUUGACUUAUUUUUU